AUGUCCAUGGGAGACUCCACAGAACCCAUACUCUAUGAUAUAUUCCAACUGAAGAUGCUAUACAAAGUCUGUUUCGUGCUUUUGUUGGCACGAUAUUCGAGACAUCGGAGUGUUGCUGAAGAUUCGUCGACAGCCCACGACCGUUUUCGCCCCUCUUGGGGCUCAUCAGGUAGGCGUGGUCCCCGGGUUUCCGUCAACCUUAUGUUCUACUUGAAACAAAAUUGCACGAAAUUA